AUGGCUCCGUUCGUGAUUUAUGCUGACUUUGAAUCGAUUCUACAACCCAUCAACUUUUGCGAGCCCAAUUCAUCCAAAUCUUUUACCGAAAAAGUUGAGAUGCAUCAGCCCUACAGUUUCGCUUAUUACAUCGUUUCCACCGUUGAUAGCAGUUUCAAUAAAUUCGAAACGUAUACGGGACUCGAUGCAUCUAAAGUUUUUAUUUCAAAAUUACUCGAUGAUGUCAAAUUUAUUUACGACAAAUACUUCAAAACCGUAAAACCAAUGCUACCUCUAACGAUCGAUGAGCAACAGAAUUUCGAUUCGGCUGAAAAUUGUUUUAUUUGUCAAAAUCCUUUCACAUCCGAUCAGGUUAAGGUUCGCGAUCAUUGUCACAUAAGCGGUAAAUACCGCGGCCCCACCCAUUCAAACUGUAAUCUAAAUUUCAAACUUCAAAACAUUAUUCCAAUAUUUUUACACAAUUUUAGUGGUUACGAUUGUCAUUUAUUUAUUAAAGAAAUGGCUGAUGUGGAUGAAGAUGGACUUGAUGUAUUACCGAACAAUAAAGAAAACUACAUUAGUUUUAGUAAAAGAGUGUUGGUCGAUAAAGUAAUUGAUGAAGACAGAUAUGUUGAAAAUAUUUUUUUAAAAUUAAGAUUUGUGGAUUCAUUUAGAUUUAUGGCAUCUUCAUUAGAUUCUUUAGCUGGUAACCUAGAAAAAUGUGACUUUAUCAAUAUACGUAAAUUCUUUCCACACAUUGAACAUUUUAAAUUGCUAACAAAAAAGGGAAUAUUUCCAUACAAUUAUAUAACCUCUUUUGAUAAACUUAAUGAUACCUCACUACCACCUAAAAGUAUGUUUUACAACAAAUUAACUUUAGAAGAUAUAAGUGAUGAGCAAUAUUUACACGCUCAACGUGUAUGGAAAGAAUUUAAUUGUCAAAACUUAAAAGAAUAUUCCGACUUGUACUUAAAGACUGAUGUUCUUUUAUUAGCUGAUGUUUUCGAGAAAUUUAGACGUGUAUGUUCUAAAACGUAUGGUUUGGAUCCGGCUCAUUAUUAUACGGCACCGGGACUUUCUUGGGAUGCUAUGUUAAAAUUUACGAAAAUUAAAUUGGAAUUGUUAACGGAUAUAGAUCAAGUUCAUUUCGUUAAAAAAGGUAUCCGUGGGGGUAUUUCACAAUGCUCCCUACGACAUGCUAAAGCAAACAAUAAGUAUAUGGAAACUUAUGAUGCUAAUUCACCCUCAAAAUUUUUAAUGUAUUGGGACGCUAAUAAUUUGUAUGGGUGGGCGAUGUCUCAAUUUAUGCCCGUUUCCGAUUUUAAAUGGAUAUCUGAACACGAAAUAGAAAAUUUAGAUUUUAAUAAUAUACCUGAUAUUGCCGAUUUUGGGUAUAUUUUAGACGUUGAUAUUGAAUACCCCGAAAUUUUGCACGAUCUACAUAAUGAUCUCCCGUUCCUAGCUGAAAACCUACUACCACCUAACGGUAAAUGUGAAAGUGAUAAAAGAUUAAUUCCAAAUUUAGGGUCUGAUGGGCGAUUUACAUAA